GGCUGAAGGAGGCGGCUCCGGGCGGCGCGGAGUGCUGUGGCGGGCCGGGCCGGGGCUGCGGCGUGUGCGCGCCCGCCGGCGAUAGCGGACACUCGAUUUUUAGGAAAUUUUCAGCGGCAGCCUUGCACUAAAAGAUUAAAUAACAGAAGCUGUGUACAAUGCAUUAGGAUAUUGAAGAAAAUUAGCUUUUGAAUUAAUUAUUUGGAAUAUAAGGAAGAAAAAGUGACUGAAAAUGGGGCGGAAGAAAAUACAAAUCACACGGAUAAUGGAUGAGAGGAACCGACAGGUCACUUUUACAAAGAGAAAGUUUGGAUUGAUGAAGAAAGCCUAUGAACUCAGUGUGCUCUGUGACUGUGAAAUAGCACUCAUCAUUUUCAACAGCUCUAACAAGCUGUUUCAGUACGCCAGCACUGACAUGGACAAAGUUCUUCUCAAGUACACAGAGUAUAAUGAGCCUCAUGAGAGCAGAACGAACUCGGAUAUUGUUGAGACUUUAAGAAAGAAAGGCCUUAAUGGUUGUGAGAGCCCUGAUGCUGACGAUUACUUUGAGCACAGUCCACUCUCGGAGGACAGAUUCAGCAAACUAAAUGAAGAUAGUGAUUUUAUUUUCAAACGAGGCCCUCCUGGUUUGCCACCUCAGAACUUCUCAAUGUCUGUCACAGUCCCUGUGACCAGCCCUAAUGCUUUGUCAUACAGUAACCCAGGGAGUUCACUUGUGCCACCAUCUUUGGCAGCCAGCUCAACAUUAGCAGAUUCAAGCAUGCUGUCUCCACCCCCAGCCACGUUACAUCGAAAUGUAUCCCCUGGAGCUCCACAGAGACCACCAAGUACAGGCAGUGCAAGUGGGAUGUUGAGCGCUACAGACCUCACCGUGCCAAAUGGAGCUGGGAAUAGUCCAGUGGGGAAUGGAUUCGUAAACUCAAGGGCCUCUCCAAAUUUGAUUGGAAAUACUGGUGCAAAUAGUUUAGGCAAAGUCAUGCCUACAAAGUCUCCUCCCCCACCAGGUGGUGGCAGUCUUGGGAUGAACAGUCGGAAGCCAGAUCUACGAGUUGUCAUUCCCCCCUCAAGCAAGGGCAUGAUGCCCCCACUCUCGGAGGAAGAGGAAUUGGAGUUGAAUGCCCAAAGGAUAAGCAGUUCUCAAGCUGCUCAGCCUCUAGCCACCCCUGUAGUGUCUGUGACAACUCCAAGCUUGCCUCCGCAGGGCCUGGUGUACUCAGCAAUGCCGACUGCUUACAACACUGACUACUCACUGACCAGCGCUGACCUGUCGGCCCUGCAAGGCUUCACCUCCCCUGGAAUGCUGUCUCUGGGGCAGGCUUCAGCCUGGCAGCAACACCAUCUAGGACAAGCAGCCCUCAGCUCUCUAGUGGCUGGAGGGCAGUUAUCUCAGGGUUCAAAUUUGUCCAUUAACACCAACCAGAACAUCAACAUUAAGUCAGAGCCAAUUUCACCUCCCCGGGAUAGAAUGACCCCAUCAGGCUUCCAGAGCACAGCAGCAGCGCAGCAGCAGCAGCAGCAGCAACAGCAGCAGCAGCAGCAGCAACCGCCGCCCCAGCCUCCGCAGCCCCAACCCCGGCAGGAAAUGGGGCGCUCCCCUGUGGACAGUUUGAGCAGCUCCAGCAGCUCCUAUGAUGGCAGUGACCGGGAGGAUCCACGGGGCGACUUUCAUUCUCCAAUUGUGCUUGGCCGACCCCCAAAUACCGAGGACAGAGAAAGCCCUUCUGUAAAACGCAUGAGGAUGGACACGUGGGUGACCUAAGGCUUCCUGGUUCAUGUUUGUUCUUUGUGUUACUGCAGUGAACUGCCCUACAUAUCUUAAAUUGGUGAAUAAGGACAUGAGUUCAAUAUAUUUAUAUGUACAUACAUACAUAUAUUCCCUUUACAUAUAUAUGUAUGUGGGUGUGAGUGUGUGUAUGUGUGGGUGUGUGUUGCAUACACAAAAUCAGGCACUUAUUGCAAACUUCUUGUAGGUCUGCAGAUGUAUGUCCACAUGGCAGACAAAGCACCCUGUAGAAACAGACCAGUCUGGCACUUCCUUGGACUACUUGUUUCGUAAGAUAAACAGUUUUUGCAGAGAAACGUGUACCCAUAUAUAAUUCUUCCACAUUAGCCUGCAGAAACCUAGGGGGCCCCCUAUUUGUUUUAUUUAACUGUGCGGUGACUGUAGUUACUUCAGAAAAAAAAAAUGCUUUGUAGAACAGAGCAGUAGAAAAGCAGGAACCAAGAAAGCAAUACUGUACAUAAAAUGUCAUUUAUAUUAAUAACCCAACCUGGCAUGGGUCUAUUGCAAAGGGGUGCAUGGGAAAGGGCUGUUGAUAUUAAACAAACAAACAAACAAACAAUAAACAAAAAGCCCCACACAUAACUGUUUUGCACGUGCAAAAAAAUGUAUUGGGUCAAAGAAGUGAUUUUUAGCUAAUAAAAAGAGAGAAUAGAAAACACGCAUGAAAUAUUCAGAAAUACUAGCCUAGAAAUAUAGAGCAUUAACAAAAUAAAAUUAAUAUAUUAAGUUAUAAUUGGAAUAUGUCAGAAGUUUCUUUUACAUUCAUAUCUUUAAAAAUUAAAGAAACUGAUUUUAGGUCAUGUAUAUUUUAUAUGAAAGAAAACACCCUUAAUGAAUUGAUGAUUAUAUAUAAAAUUAUAUCCACUACUUUUGAACACAUUCUGCUGAAUUAUUUAUAUAAGCCAAAGCUGUAUGUUGUAACUUUUUUUUUUCCUCUAGAGAAUAGCUUUAUCUUGUUUUAACUUUUUAGUUUUAUUUUAAGAGGGGAAAAAAAAAAUAUCUUGCAAGCAGAACCUUGGAAAAAAAAAGCCAUGAACACUUAUUAUUCUAUAUGUAAAUUAAAAGUUGAGCCAAACUCUUUGUGUAUAUAGCAUCUUAAAUAUAUUAUCACCUUUGGUGUAAGUACCUAUGUAUUGUAUGGUCACCAGAUUAAAAAGUAUAUUUUUGUGGAUUGCCGCCAAUUGGGGGGAAGGCGAAGUCCUUAAGUAGAGUAUUCACUGUUUAAUAUUUACUAUUUUGUUAAAUUACUGUACUUUGGAUUUUAAUUAUUAGCCCAGUUUUUCAGAGGAUUGUGUAAAGGGGUUUCCCCUCACUGGUGGUGAAUGUGUGAUGUUCUGUUGUAAUCUUUGUGCUGUAUGGGGUGAGCAUCAUUAUAUAUUUAUAUGUGUACA